AUGUUCUUUGGCAGAAACUUGUAUUCUAUAACAUGUAAAGGUCUUGCUUUGAUUGUGAUUGCUCUGAUUCUUAGAAUUGUGCUGCUUCCUUCACUCUCUGGCUAUGUUGGGUUCGAUAAAAACAAUCUUGAUUUGAUUCAUAGCCGAUCUUUGUCCUUGGAUUCUGAUAAUGGAAUUCAUAAAGAUAAAUUCUUGGAGGUUCCUCAGAUAGUAUGGGGACUAAACAAUCAAAAGAUUGCAUUUGCAAGAGCUUGUCUAACUGCUAGAAUGCUGAACCGGACUCUGCUAAUGCCUAGUUUAAGUGCUUCCCUGUUCUACAAAGAAAUAGAUCGCCUUCAGCCUAUUUCCCUCGAUAAGGUGUUUCAAUUUGAAAGGUUUAAUUCGCUCUGUAAUGGGUUUGUGAAGUUGGGCCGUUAUUCAGAUAUUCGGAAUCAAACUGUAGUGUAUGAGCUACAGAAGGGAAGUGGGAGGAAGUGGACAGUUGAGAGGGAUUUGGAUCAAUUGAAAGAGUUUAGCAAGGAUCCAUUUGAUGGAUAUGAAGUAAUUAGAAUAGUUGGGAAGAACCCAUUUUUGUGGCAUGAUCAUUGGCCUGCUAAGGACUACGCCAGGGUCUUUGAAUGCUUAGUUUUGGUUGAUGAGAUAGCUAAAGAGGCAGAUAAAGUAGUGUCAAAGAUUAGAGAAGUAGGAAAAGAAUUGAGUACAUCUCAAUCUGCUCAAAGGGGUGUUGAUUCUUACAGUUCUCCGUUGCAGCCAGUGCCUUAUGUGGCAGUUCACAUGAGAAUAGAGAUAGAUUGGAUGAUUCACUGUAAGAAGUUAGAGCAAAGAUUAAAUGUUAGUGAAAUUUGUAGUAGCAAGCAGGAGAUCAUGGAGAGAGUAGGGAACAUUGUAGGCUUAAAAAGUCCUACUGUUGUUUAUCUUGCGGUGGCAGAUAGUCUUCUUGAAGAUUCCUCUAUACUUACUGGGUGGAAGGAAAGUUUGCUUCCUGUUGAGAAGAAGAAACUAGGUGUCGAUGGAAUUUACAAGAAAUACCCAUAUCUCAUUCAGUCAGCAAUUGAUUAUGAAGUUUGCUCAAAGGCUGAUGUAUUUGUCGGGAACAGUUUCUCAACAUUUUCAAGCCUCAUAGCUCUUGAGAGAACACAGAAGAUGAUUAGAAUGGGCAUCACAAGCUCAUGUGGCGCGGAUGUAAGAUGGCCUUCUUACGCGUACAACAUAUUGGGGGAAUCCAAUGCUCCUAAAAAAUGGAUGACAGAUAUGUCCGACUCAAGCCUCAAAGCAAUCAGCUAUGGUACUAAUAUCAUCUCCUGCUGA